CUCGAAGAUGCUCCGGAGUCUUGCGUUACCAGGUGUGGGUUCUACCUGCACAAGAGCAGAAAGUCACCUCAAACCUGACAUCGGGGUGGACAGAGCUUUCCUCGCUCUGGUGCUCGUGUUUCAUGCCACUGAAGAACUGUGACUAUGCUGAAGAGAAGGGCAGCAGACCCAGAAGUAAACCUCGAAUUUUCUAGAUCCAGGCCAUUCUUCAUAAGAGAAUCAAACCAAAUUCUGUGGAGAAUCUUCAAGAGAAAGGCCUUCAGGAGUCUGGAGAGCUGACUCAGAAACCGAGAGCACCCCUGGCUCUUGUAAGUUCAGUUCCCAGCACCACGUGGUGACUCAUCACCCAUCACUCCAGUUCUAGGAGAUCCAAGGCCCUCUUUCACCUCCACCAGCACCAGACAGGCAUGAGUCGCGCAGACAUCCUUGCAGGCAAAACACUUAGGAAAUAAAAAUCUUUAAAGUGAGAGAAAGAGAAAAGACUUCGGAAUUUUUUUCUAGUGGCUAAUUUUGGAAGACAUGGUCAGUCAGAAGCUGGAAGUUGAGUUUAAACGCUGAAUCUUCAAGAAGUACACACAGAUACUGAAAUUGAUUGCUGUCAAAAAUGGCGAGAAGUGUCUUGCCAUAUUUCCAAAAACCACAAAUUGCGAUGACUCUUUAAAGUUAUUUCACAAACAUUGAAAGUGAAAAAAAAAAAUUAUCUUUGAAAUCCCAAGCCAAAUGGCCAGACAGGACUCCUCUGAGAAGUUGUGUAAGGAGCCUCAGGUGGGGAGGGGGGAGUUCUCUCUAACUUAAGAAAGAGGGAAAGAAAAGGAAUAGGGGGGAUUGUCAUUCCAUACACCACUGUUCAGAGAAUCGUCAAGUCAAGCUUCCAACUGAUGCAACAGAACUGUCACCUCCAGCGUUCUCUGCUGAGACGACUCGCCAAAAUGUCCAGUGCAAAGACUCUUUAGUCGUCUUUGACUGUAACAGUAAAGACAUUUUUAGAUGGAAGUCACCCUUAGUCACUUGGAGUCUUCCAAGAGACCACACAGAGGAAUCCUGGAACUGGAGAAUCCCAGGAGAUGCUUAUAACCAACCCAGACGGUCAUCUCUUCAAGAAAAUCCCCCCUUCAGAGCAGCUAUACACACGUGAUCGGUGAGGUGAGGACCACAUUCAGAACGCAGAAGUAAUGCGUCAUCAGAGAGACCACCUGAAAGAAAAGGCCUGCGGGAGUGGGGGUGAGCAUUGUGGGCGGGGCUUCAGCUGAUCUGGGCGUUGUGGGAGGGGCUUCAGCUGAUCUGCGCAUUGUGGGAGGGGCUUCACCAGGCGCUCAAGUCUCUUUCUGCAUCAAGCAGUCCGCAUGGAUGAGAAACCUUACAAAUGUGACAAGUGCGGGAAGGGCUUCACCAGGAGCUCAAGUCUGCUUGUCCACCAUUCGGUCCAUACAGGCGAGAAGCCUUUCAAGUGUGACAGGUGUGGGAAGGGCUUCAGCCAGAGUUCAAAGCUACUCAUCCACCAGAGAGUCCACACUGGUGAGAAGCCGUAUGAGUGUGAGGAGUGUGGUAUGAGCUUCAGCCAGCGAUCAAACCUGCACAUUCACCAACGUGUCCACACGGGAGAGAGGCCCUACCGGUGCGGGGAGUGUGGGAAAGGCUUCAGCCAGAGCUCAAACCUCCACAUCCACCGGUGCACCCACACCGGAGAGAAGCCCUACCAGUGCUAUGAAUGUGGGAAAGGCUUCAGUCAGAGUUCAGACCUUCGAAUCCACCUCAGAGUCCACACUGGGGAAAAGCCCUACCACUGUGGCAAGUGUGGGAAGGGCUUCAGCCAGAGCUCCAAACUCCUCAUCCAUCAGAGAGUCCACACAGGAGAGAAGCCGUAUGAAUGCAGCAGAUGUGGAAAAGGCUUCAGCCAGAGCUCGAACCUCCACAUCCACCAGCGGGUUCACAGGAAGGAGCUUCCUUAAAAAACAUGAGCCCACUCAGGAGUUCAGAAUACAUUUAUUGUAAAAGAUAAAUAUUUUUCACGGCUGAGUAUGCACAUCAGAGGUAGCAUGCUUGCCUAGCACGGAUAAGACCCUGAGUUUGAGCCCUGGUACCCCACACAGUUUCCAUCUUACUACUUUGUGCAUGUAGGAAUGUGUGUUCAUGCAGAGAGAGUGCAUGUGCUGUGCUGGUGUGUGCAUGCAUGUGUGCACGUGUGUGGAGGUCCGAGGACAUCUCAGGUGCGCAGAUGCUUAUCACAUUCUUGUGUGAGACUGGGGAUCUGUCUGUCACUCAUGGUAUAGAAUGUCAGCAAGUAAGCUAGACCAGAGUCCCAUGGAUCCAGCUGUCUCCCCUUCCCAGCUCACCAUGGCUAGGAUUACAGGUGUGUGCCACCACACCCAACUUUUUAUGUGGAUUCUGUCUCAAGCUUGCUAGACAAGAGCUUUGCUGACUGAACUAUCUGCUAGGGCCCCAGUUUAUUACGUUCAACUCUUACCUUUGUCUUCCUCAAAGGAAAGAAACAGUAAGGGUUAUUUCAAUAUAGCCCCUCACAGAAGAAAUUAGUCGGAGUCCCCAGCACAUUUUAUGUUAUACGGUGAAUGGAUUACACUGGUUCCUCAUAUGGGUAGAGUGUAUAAUGCAGUUCUGCCAGUGUUGUUAGACGUGUAUUCCACAAUUCUACCUGCAAGAGCUCUGUAUUUUUCCAAGCACAGCACGGCUCCCUUCGUUCGUCUUCUCUGAGAAAUUGGAAUUCAUGUUUCCUCUGAAAUUAUGUGCCUUGUUUUCCAUGUUUCUUUUAAGU